AUGGGUGGACUUCAUCUCAUUCGUCUUUUGCAAUUUACGGAUGGCGAGCAAUGGAUUGCCAGAAUCCAACUUGACGCUUCCACCCAGGAGUCUGCGGCGCGUCUGAGAAGCGAGAUUGGGACAAUGGAUUUGAUAAGAGAACGAUCAACGAUUCCUGUUCCAAAGGUUUAUGGUUACGAGCUGUUCGACAACAACAGCCACGGUACCGGGGUGGCAUUCAUGCUAAUAGAGUGUUUCUCCGGAAAUGCUGCAAUGGACCUAGAUGGAGGCUAUGAAACUCAUCGUGGCAAUAUCCUACCAGAGCGAAAGCCUGACUUCUUCCGAGCGAUGGCGGAAAUUCAGGUGGAACUCGCGACUAUCAGGCUACCAAAGAUAGGUACAAUCAUCAGACGAGAUGAUGGGAGCUAUGAUGUUGGACCUAUUCCAAUACUAGGAGGGCCGUUCGAUUCCUCAGCAGAUUUCUUCAGAGCAUGGGGAACUCUCACCAAAUUCCCUAUGUCAGAGACUGAUAUCAAACAACGAACCGGAGGUGGAAAGCUCUCAGACAAAAUAAACACCACUAUCAGCAUGUUCCCGUCUCAAAUCAAGUCGAAAGCAUCUCAAUUGGCAAUAUACGACGGCCCAUUCCCGAUCCACCACCCAGAUCUGUACCACAGUAACGUAAUCGUGGACAAUGACUAUCGGAUCCUAGGCAUCAUCGACUGGGAGGGUGCAUGUACAGUUCCCUGGGAACUGAUUGAACUGCCACUCUUCCUUAGCACCGUCCCCCGUCCGAUGGAUGCCGCAUGGAACUACGAUGCAAACGGUGAGCCGAAGCAGGCGGAGACUAAACAGCGGUGGCAUGACCGGGCCUGGUACGUCAGUUUAGUAGAAGAGGCUGAGAAUCUUCACGGCAGUGUAAUGGACUGCCAGCUUUCUAAGAUCCUACGGGACGAAAAGCUGCAGCAUUUAGCUUUUUCGUUGCGACAGUAUCAGGAGGGCAAGCUAGGUUUUUACAGCAGUAUCCUACUACUGUUUAAUGUUAAUAGGGAGGAACGGCAUUCAAACUAG